AUCAGUAGAGAAUCAGAAACAGAAGGAGGCGAUUUAAAGCUCGUCGCCACACCGUUUUAUAAUUUAAUGAAUCCUGUUUAAGAAUUAAGAAGGUUAGGAUAUGUAAUUGUCCUCCUCUUAAUCCUUUUGAGGUCACAGAGGUGGCAGGCAUCUGAAAAUGAAAACAAGAGGACAAUAUUUGUCAUUCAAUAUUUGUUUUUGUUAAGCAAUCAUACUACAAUAAUUAUUUUAAAGCUACCAUGGCAACAGAGUUUUCUUUUUUCUCAGUGUCUCACUCUUUCCUGUUAGAUAUACAACAUACAGCUGACCAGAGCAGAUCACCAAUAUGUUUGGAGGUGUUGCUAAGUAACAGUGUACCUGUAGAGGAAAGUGGAUCUUACCUGUAAGCUGAGACGCAGAGGAUAGCAGUUGGACUGUGAGCUGUGAUGACUCAUCUGUCGCUCAGACCAGCUUCAACAAAACCACGAUCUAACCAGAAAACCAAGAAAGCGACAUUCUGACAGACACAAACCUCAACAGACACAGUAGAUGUGAAGAUGGCAUUAGCCAGUGGUCACUGGCUGGAGAAAGAGAUGAGAGGAGAGGCCCCAAGACCAAGGUAUGGACACACGUUAGCUGUGGCAGGAAAUGUUGCCUUCCUGUUUGGAGGAGCCUCCAGCAUCAACCAAGAGGAGGACAAACCUGUUUACUUCAGCGACUUCUACAUGUUAACAGUUUCUCCUGAUGCUGUGACAUGGGAGGAGAUUCCUCAGAGCGGAGAAGUACCCUCAGCCAGAGAGGGACACACUCUCUGUGUUGUGAAAGGCAAGUUGUAUCUGUUUGGUGGAGUGUCCAGCCCCAACGCCACUCAGUGUCUCCCAGGAGUCUACAGCUUUGAUAUAGUGUCUUUGACCUGGGAUUGCUUAGCAACUGGGGGUGUGGCCCUCAGAACCCUCAGCCACAGCUCUGUUGCUGUGGGAGACAAUAUCUAUGUGUAUGGAGGCAUUCUGGGAGGGAGUCCAAUUGACGAUCUCCUGGUCUUCAGCACAGUGUCUCUCACCUGGACGCCAGUUAAAACUAGUGGAUCGCUGCCUCCUGCCCUGUGUGGUCAUAGUUUUGCUCUGGUUGGUGAUCAGGUGUUCAUGUUUGGAGGUUAUGGAGCAGGUGGAGACUUCUGUAAAGACAUCUAUGUCCUCAACACAGAGAAUCUGUUGUGGCAGAAAUGGGAGGUGAAGGGAGAAUCACCUGCAGCCUGUAGCAGACAAACACUGACUGCCCACCAUGAUAAAGAUAUCUACUUGUUUGGUGGCAGAAGCAUAAAUGAAGACGGCACAGUGAUAUCGUCCAAUGACAUCCAUAAACUCAGUAUUGCUAAGAUGAAGUGGAAGGUUCCACUUUAUGUUGGGAUUCCUCCAGCUCGUCGACAUGGACACACAGCCUUCAUCCUCCAUGGUCAUCUGUAUGUAUUCGGAGGAAAGAAUGAAGAGCAGGAGUUUAAUGACCUGAAGGUGAUGAGACUCAUCAACCCCUCAGAGAGGCAACCAGUGAUGAAGGAGAUUCUAUCAGAAUUUGGUCUUCAGGGAGUCCACCACAGCUUCACCCCUACAAAGGUCCCCAACGUUCGCUAUGAGCUGAGUGAGUCCACUCCAUUCAUCCAGUCCAGGAGCACAUCAGCUAAUGCAUUUGUCCACAGAGAAUUCAGUGCAGUUCGAGAUCAGGCCAUUAAAAUGAUCCAGACAGCCUUCACUCUGCUGGACCAGGAGUUCCAGAAACUGGAUCGAGAGAAGUCAGAGUUGUCUAAAGCUGCUGCUUGUCUUCAAAGAGAGAAAGAAGCUCAUGAGGCCCACAGACGACAGCAGCAACAGGAGCUGCAGGAGAUGCUGGACAGACAUCGUUCUCAGAAUGAGGCAUGGCUCCGAGCCAGAGCUGAGGAGAAUGACGGAGAGAGGAGGGAGCUCUGCAGACUCAGAGAGGAGGUGUUGCAGGAGCAGGAGAGGCUGAAGGAGGAGCAGAGCAGCAUCCAGAAACGCAGCGAACAUCUUCUCUCCAUCAUGCAGCAGUUCAGAUAGAUACAUAGAUAGACCAGGAUGUGGAUAUUUAAAGAGUGGGUUAGAUAUAAAUAUGUGACUGAAUGAAUGAAUUAUACUUGAAAGUGUUCUGAAGAGAUUUUUAUUUAUGUAUUAAACUUUCACUUAAACCUCCAAUAUAUAUAUUGAGAAAAAAAAUCCUUAGGUUUGUAUUUUGUCUUGUAUUUAGCUGAUCAUAAUAGGAUAUUAUGAUACUGGUCAGGAAAGGAUAAUUUUAUUGAUUAAUUGAUUGAUUAAGAUGUGAGAAUUUUAUAAUUCACACUCAAAGCUCAGAUGGUGUAAAUCUGGGAUUCCCUUCCCGACCAGGUGUACCUGUACCUCAGGAGUUCUUCCACAGUUGAAGAGCAGUAAGUGUAAUGCGACUAUCCAAAAGAUGCAACAAUUAGCCGCUGAGAGGGCUGCGUAGGGAGAUCUGUCCAACACGCUGUGUCCAAAGCAAGAACAUGAAUCGGCAUCUGCGUCUCACUUGGCAUUUAUUUACAAGCACAAAAAAACACUUAUGCUCUGCAGCGAUGUUGUGGCUAAACUAGACAGAAAGUCUCUCUCUGUAUCAAGCAACAAACAAAACUCCCAGCCAGGUGCAGGUGAUAUUAGACCACCAGUCAGCCCCCCGUGACACACCCACAGCUCCGCCCACACACACCUCCACACACUCACACACGUUCCCCCUUGGUGAGAAAGUGAUAAACACAUCACUGGUCCUACAGUAAAUUCAGUGUGACAUAGUAAAACUGAAUGUGUCUGUCGUAUUUUUGUUGUUUGUUUGUAAAAACAGAUUCCAGCUAAGAGUCGACAACAGGACUCUUACUAGUUAGACAUGUUUGUUUGUCAACAGUAUCUUUAAACAAACUGCUGCACAGCUGCUGCAGGCCAUGCAGCAGUACAAGAUGCAUCUGUAAUGCACAUUAUAUAUGUAACUGAAAUGUAGACAUCAGAUAAGGUCAACGUCACUAAUCUCACACUGUUUCAUUCAAAGUCAACAAAUGAUUUUCUAAUGCUGUUCUUUGCGAUGUGUCCAGUUUAUUGAAGACUGUGUUGAAUUACUGAGCAGAGAACAUUUUCUACAUAGAUAGACUCUUUAUUUAUACCCUAGGGGAAAUUCAUGUGUCCAGUAGCUCAUUAGUAACAACAACAAUAAUAUUAAUAAUAAUAAUAAUAAUAAUAGUUGAUAAUUAAUAACAAACAAUUUUAAUUAAAUUAGUCCACAUCCUUUGACUGAGUUUUGGCUGAGUUGUAUAGUCUGAUGUCAGUGGGAACAAAGGAACUCCUGAACUUCUCUGUUCUGCAGCGCAGUGAGAUGAGACGUUUGCUGCAGCUGUAGCUGCUUCUCUGUCCUGCAGGAAUGCUGUGGAGAUGGUGGUUGGAAUUGUCUAAGAUGGCCUCCAUGUUGCAUUGCAUGUGUCUCUCAACAACAGUCCUGACUGAGUCCAGACUCCUGUCUGUCACGAUCUGUCACGAUGCGGGUAAGGCUGGACCCAAAAUGCAGCCAACACAGGGGAAUGAGGUGCAAAAAGUUUAUUAACUUAGGAACCUGCUGGUGAACCACAAAAGGAAACUGAAGCACGAGGGUUACACAGGAACUUAACAGCUGGCCAAAACACGAGGAACCACAGGGGAUGACAACAGGAGACAUGAACUGGCAACAUGAACAGCUUGAGGACCCACCAGACAUGAACAGAUCGCAGAAAAAACAUAGAUGAACAGAUCAAGGACAAUCCAGAGAUGAACAGAUGAACCAACAAAGACAAAGGGGAGCACAAAGACUAUAUAAACACAAGGGAGUCAAGGGUGAUUGAACACAGGUGAAACACAUUAGAGGGGAGCAGGCAAUCACCACACAGAAACAGGACCAAGACAGGAAGUAAAAACAUUGAGACACACUCCUUCAGAGGGUGACCAGGAGCCGACUGGGUAACAAGGGCAGGAGUCAGCUGGGCUGCCGACAGAACACGAGGAGCAGGUAUCAGCUGGACUGCCGGUUGGGAAUCAGGAUCAGGUGUUGGCCGGACCACUGACUGGGAACCAGAAUGGGGAGUCAGCUGGAUCGCCGAUGGGACACAAGGAGUAGGUGUUGGCCGGACCCCUGACUGGGAAACAGAAUCAGGAGUCAGCUGGGCCGCCAACAGGACAGCAGGAGCAGGAUUCAGCCAGCCCGCAAUCAGGACACUAGGAGCAGAUGCUGGCCUGACCACUGACUGGAAAUCAGGAUCAGGAGUCGGCAAGACCACUGACUGGGUAACGUGAGUCACGAGUCAGCUGGGCUGCAGACAGAACAGGAGAAUCAGAAUUCUGCACUGAAUGGGUUGUUUCAGUUGGUAGGAGAUGUUAUUGCAUCUCUCACAAACUCAACAACAAUCAUUAUUCCCUCGUGAUUGAGUCGUAUCUUUUAAGUAAUUCAGCAUCAUUUAAGGUUUCCAAAACACUGUGACGUGGAAUGACAGCAGCUCUUUAAGAUUCUUUGUGAUUGGUCUUAGUUAGUGAGUCCUCUCGAGUGCUUCUUACUUCUCUCAGACUUAGGUGCUACUUUUAGUGGCUUUGCGAAUCACGCUUAGUCAGAAAAAUGAGUAGUCUAUUUUUAGGGGUGUCUCCUAAAUCGGCACGUUAGGAGCUACUUUUAGUCUUAAGAUGCUUUGUGAAUAUGGGCCCUGCUGCUUGAAUGACACAGAGGACCCAAAACAUACUUUUUGAUCAACUAUAUCAUGUUAUUUUCAAAGGCUUUAGUGCAUGAUCGGAAUGACUAAUUAAUAGAUUCAGGGCUAUUUUUUUCUUAUUUUUGUAAAAUAAAAUACAUAAAUGAAUAAAUCUUUGAGAUAAUUGGCAAUUCUGCUUUGUCUUGGGCGUCCGGGGCUUUGAGGCCUAUGAUGUACAGGUUUUUGGCUCGACCGCAACAGCGGGGCUAACCCUGUAAUCGCGGAAUGUCUGUUACCGACUGGCUGAUUGAAUUAUAGAGUUGAGUGAUUAUAAUUCCACCAUUGGUCAGCCGAAUGCAACAUGACUGAGUUGGAGUUUUCCCAUUCGCCAUUGCUCUUUCAAAAUGAAUUGGAACAAACAGUUUCUUUGGGGGAGCAUUUAUAGCCACCAAGGUUGUUUUUCAAAAAACCACCUAGCAACAAAUCUAGCAAAUUUUUGGACAAACCUUAGCUACUUUCCAUAGAAGAGAUACGCCAGUAAUGUGAGUAAGAGCUACAUCCUCAAUUUCACACAUUGACCAUACGUGGUCCAGCCAUAUAGACCUAGUCUUGUUCAGAGUACUAAGACCACACCUGACAAUAUUUGUUAGCAACUUUGUGACCAUUACAAUAUUGUUUUGUAACAGCAAGAAAGUAGGAUAAAAUUGAGUAUGAGAUAUUUUCUAAUAUGAAAUAUGGAAUAAUUACAAGAUAAAGUCUCCUUUUUUUUCUUUGGUGAAUGCAUACACUUCUCCACUGUGCCACCCGAAAGCUGAUGCUGGUCUCAGUCUAACCGCCACUAUUAAAGGUGGCUCCAUCACUGGUUACUGUCACAUAACCAUUCAGAAACUCAGUUCAGCAUUCGCUGCACAAACUAACAAACUAUUCAUGUGAAUUUCUCUAGAAUUAACCUUGUUUUCUGUUUUUACAAGUUUAUAAAACACACACACACAACUGCAUGACUGUGUGUUAAUUCAGACUGAAUUUUUUUUUAUCCACAAUAUGGUAUGGUGUUAUUUUGAUCAAUCCAACAGAAUAUGAAGGCAUAAUAAACUCUUAACUGAAUCACAUUUGCGACGGGAAGAAAAUGCUUUAAUAACUGUCAAUACACUGCCUUUAUUCUCAAUUCAUCUGUCUCUUUCUGUCUGUCUCCUCCACUGUCGCAUUCAACACCAGGAUGGACCACUAUUAAGCAAGGAAAAACAGCGUAAUGCGCCAGUCUGUGUCCGUGUAUUUCCUUUCUGUUGCACUAUUUGGCAGAGAGAGGCAGGGGCGGGGAGAGAAAGUGAAGUGCGUCACGCUCACAGCAAUAUGACCGGAAGUGAAGCAAUAAAGUAAAAUAAAGGUUCGGUCUUUAUUUCGUCUUUGGUUUGACCUUAUGUUAACUUCCUUCUCGCCUCUUCCAUAUUUGUUCCCAGUGUAUCUCAGGGUUUGUUUUCAGUGUGUUUUAAAACCCUUAUUUGCUCAAUGUAUAUGUUUAUUAACCUUAUAGU